AUGGUUUCAUUCACCUCCCUCUUCACGGCCGCCACGGCUUUCGCAGGUGCUCUCGCCGCACCCACCGACCUCGCCAAGCGUGCUCCCAGUGACCUGGCCCAGCGCUCAACGCCCUCUUCCACCGGCACCAACAACGGCUACUACUACUCCUUCUGGACCGAUGGCGGUUCGGACGUCACAUACACCAACGGUGCCGCGGGCGCGUACAGUGUGAAAUGGGGCACUGGUGGUAACUUCGUCGGUGGAAAGGGCUGGGCUACUGGAUCUGCGCGCAACAUCAAAUACUCGGGUACCUAUUCGCCGAACGGGAACUCGUAUCUCGCCGUCUAUGGAUGGACCACCAACCCGCUCAUCGAGUACUACAUCGUCGAGAACUUCGGCACCUACGACCCGUCCUCGGCCGCCACCCAGAAGGGUAGCGUCACUGCCGACGGCAGCUCGUACAAGAUUGCGACCACGACUCGCACCAAUGCCCCUAGCGUGCAGGGCACUGCGACCUUUCAGCAGUAUUGGUCCGUCCGCAACUCGAAGCGCAGCAGUGGUACUGUCACCACCAAGACGCACUUCGACGCCUGGGCAAGCUUGGGCUUGAAGCUCGGAACGCACAAUUACCAGAUCGUUGCUGUUGAGGGAUACUACUCCACUGGGUCGGCCUCCAUCACUGUUUCGUAA